AUGGAGGAGGAGACGGGAGCGUGGAGGAGGAGACGGGAGCGUGGAGGAGGAGACGGGAGCAUGGAGGAGGAGACAGGAGCGUGGAGGAGGAGACGAGAGCGUGGGAGGAGGAGACGAGAGCGUGGAGGAGGAGACGGGAGCGUGGAGGAGGAGACGGGAGCAUGGAGGAGGAGACAGGAGCGUGGAGGAGGAGACAGGAGUGUGGAGGAGGAGACGGGAGUGUGGAGGAGGAGACGGGAGCGUGGAGGAGGAGACGAGAGCGUGGAGGAGGAGACGAGAGCGUGGAGGAGGAGACGAGAGCGUGGAGGAGGAGACGGGAGCAUGGAGGAGGAGACAGGAGCGUGGAGGAGGAGACGGGAGCGUGGAGGAGGAGACGAGAGCGUGGAGGAGGAGACGGGAGCAUGGAGGAGGAGACGAGAGCGUGGAGGAGGAGACGAGAGCGUAGAGGAGGAGACGGGAGCAUGGAGGAGGAGACAGGAGCGUGGAGGAGGAGACGGGAGCGUGGAGGAGGAGACGAGAGCGUGGGUGGGUUACCCGAGUGUGGAGGCGAAGACAGGAGUGUGGAGGCGGAGACAGGAGUGUGGAGGAGGAGACGGGAGCGUGGAGGAGGAGACGAGAGCGUGGAGGAGGAGACAGGAGUGUGGAGGAGGAGACGGGAGUGUGGAGGAGGAGACAGGAGUGUGGAGGAGGAGACAGGAGCGUGGAGGAGGAGACGGAAGAGUGGAGGAGGAGACGGGAGCGUGGAGGAGGAGACGGGAGUGUAGAGGAGGAGACAGGAGUGUGGGAGGAGGAGACGGGAGCGUGGAGGAGGAGACAAGAGUGUGGAGGAGGAGACGGAAGCGUGAAGGAGGAGACGGAAGCGUGGAGGAGGAGACGGAAGCGUGGAGGCGGAGACGGAAGCGUGGAGGAGGAGACAGGAGUGUGGAGGAGGAGACAGGAGUGUGGAGGAGGAGACAGGAGUGUGGAGGAGGAGACGGAAGCGUGGAGGAGGAGACGGGAGCGUGGAGGAGGAGACAGGAGUGUGGAGGAGGAGACAGGAGUGUGGAGGAGGAGACGGAAGCGUGGAGGAGGAGACGGGAGUGUGGAGGAGGAGACGGAAGCGUGGAGGAGGAGACGGGAGCGUGGAGGAGGAGACAGGAGUGUGGAGGAGGAGACAGGAGUGUGGAGGAGGAGACAGGAGUGUGGAGGAGGAGACAGGAGUGUGGAGGAGGAGACGGAAGCGUGGAGGAGGAGACGGGAGUGUGGAGGAGGAGACGGAAGCGUGGAGGAGGAGACGGGAGCGUGGAGGAGGAGACAGGAGUGUGGAGGAGGAGACGGAAGCGUGGAGGAGGAGACAGGAGUGUGGAGGAGGAGACAGGAGGGUGGAGGAGGAGACGGAAGCGUGGAGGAGGAGACAGGAGGGUGGAGGAGGAGACGGGAGCGUGGAGGAGGAGACGGAAGCGUGGAGGAGGAGACGGAAGCGUGGAGGAGGAGACAGGAGUGUGGAGGAGGAGACGGAAGCGUGGAGGAGGAGACAGGAGUGUGGAGGAGGAGACAGGAGGGUGGAGGAGGAGACGGAAGCGUGGAGGAGGAGACAGGAGGGUGGAGGAGGAGACGGGAGCGUGGAGGAGGAGACGGAAGCGUGGAGGAGGAGACGGAAGCGUGGAGGAGGAGACGGGAGCGUGGAGGAGGAGACAGGAGCGUGGAGGAGGAGACGGGAGUGUGGAGGAGGAGACGGGAGCGUGGAGGAGGAGACAGGAGUGUGGAGGAGGAGACGGAAGCGUGGAGGAGGAGACAGGAGUGUGGAGGAGGAGACAGGAGGGUGGAGGAGGAGACGGAAGCGUGGAGGAGGAGACAGGAGUGUGGAGGAGGAGACAGGAGGGUGGAGGAGGAGACGGGAGCGUGGAGGAGGAGACGGAAGCGUGGAGGAGGAGACGGAAGCGUGGAGGAGGAGACGGAAGCGUGGAGGAGGAGACAGGAGCGUGGAGGAGGAGACGGGAGUGUGGAGGAGGAGACGGGAGCGUGGAGGAGGAGACGGGAGUGUGGAGGAGGAGACGGAAGCGUGGAGGAGGAGACGGGAGGAGCGAAGCUGAGGGAGGAGGAGACGGAAGCGUGGAGGAGGAGACGGGAGCGUGGAGGAGGAGACGGGAGUGUGGAGGAGGAGGAGACGAGCGUGGAGGAGGAGACAGGAGCGUGGAGGAGGAGACGAGAGCGUGGAGGAGGAGACAGGAGUGUGGAGGAGGAGACGGGAGUGUGGAGGAGGAGACGGAAGCGUGGAGGAGGAGACGGGAGUGUGGAGGAGGAGACGGGAGCGUGGAGGAGGAGACGGGAGUGUGGAGGAGGAGACGGAAGCGUGGAGGAGGAGACGGGAGUGUGGAGGAGGAGACGGAAGCGUGGAGGAGGAGACGGGAGCGUGGAGGAGGAGACGGGAGUGUGGAGGAGGAGACAGGAGCGUGGAGGAGGAGACAGGAGUGUGGAGGAGGAGACGAGAGCGUGGAGGAGGAGACAGGAGUGUGGAGGAGGAGACGGGAGUGUGGAGGAGGAGACGGAAGCGUGGAGGAGGAGACGGGAGCGUGGAGGAGGAGACGGGAGUGUGGAGGAGGAGACAGGAGCGUGGAGGAGGAGACAGGAGUGUGGAGGAGGAGACAGGAGUGUGAGGAGGAGACAGGAGUGUGGAGGAGGAGACAGGAGUGUGGAGGAGGAGACAGGAGUGUGGAGGAGGAGACAGGAGUGUGGAGGAGGAGACAGGAGUGUGGAGGAGGAGACAGGAGUGUGGAGGAGGAGACAGGAGUGUGGAGGAGGAGACGGGAGCGUGGAGGAGGAGACAGGAGUGUGGAGGAGGAGACAGGAGUGUGGAGGAGGAGACAGGAGUGGGGAGGAGGGAGACGGGAGCGUGGAGGAGGAGACAGGAGUGUGGAGGAGGAGACAGGAGUGUGGAGGAGGAGACAGGAGUGUGGAGGAGGAGACAGGAGUGUGGAGGCGGAGACGGGAGCGUGGAGGAGGAGACGGAAGCGUGGAGGAGGAGACGGGAGUGUGGAGGAGGAGACAGGAGUGUGGAGGAGGAGACAGGAGUGUGGAGGAGGAGACGGGAGGAGGAGGAGGAGACGGGAGGAGGAGGAGGAGUGGCUCAGGUUAAGCAGUAAAAGCCGGAUCCAGACGGAUGCGUCCACAUGUGGUCCACAGGCGCAGCUGCCCCGUAACAAACCCACAUUCGGAGCCUGCCAGCUGGCUCGGCUUCAGCCUCACCCCCGGGACGCUGCUCCCACAGCCCAAAUAUGGAAGAGACGAGAACCUCUGUCUGCCCCAGCGGGACGCAACACAAACAGAGUGGGUCUGUGUUAG